GACCGCCUCCAAGCGACUUUCCCGCGCUUCGAUGAAAACUUUUUGCUCGCUCUAUUGCGUUAUCUGUGGCGCUCGCUGUUCGAAAAAAAGAAAUGAUAAUAUUGCCGCGAAAAUUUUGUUUAUGGUAAAUUUUUUCAAGGAACUAUUUGUGAAUAAGUUUUGUGAUAAUUAUGUUUGGAUUGUGCGUGCAUAAUUUUAGCGUGUUUUCAAGAUAAAUGCAGAAGAAGCAUUCCAACUUGUUAGGUUUAUUUCAAGUUCUCUUGACUCUGUUUGAAGUAAUGGAGGAUUACAAAACGUAACCUAUGAUGUUGGAUUCCAAUGAACCUUACGUCAGUACGGAAUACGUCAAUAUUACUAAUAUCACAGAAGACACAAACCAAACAGAGAACGCAACAUGGACAGAUCAUGCGAUCUGCGACCCGGGUUUCACCAGCUUCCUAUCAACGCCGUUCUUUCAUUUCAUUGUCUAUUUAAUGUACUGUACAGUUUUCAUCAUCUCCCUUUUCGGGAAUGGAUUGGUUUGUUUCAUAGUUCAAAGCUCACCGCGAAUGAAAACAGUGACCAACUACUUUAUCAUGAACUUAGCUAUCGGUGAUAUAUUGAUGACUUCAUUGUGCGUUCCCUUUUCAUUUGUUCCUGUUCUAGUGUUGAGGUAUUGGCCAUUUGGAAUGGUAAUGUGUAAGAUUGUGAAUUACUCGCAGGCAGUCUCAGUGUUUGUUAGUGCUUAUACUCUAGUGGCUAUAUCUCUGGAUCGUUAUAUGGCGAUUAUGAGGCCGUUGAAGCCACGUUUGGGCCGGGUGGCUGCGAAGUUUAUAGUGAGUGCAGUAUGGGCAGGCGCCUGCGCAACUGCCGCUCCUAUAUUCAUUGUUUCUCAAAUUCAACGACCGACACCGUGGCAUGAGUUUUGUGAAGCGGACGUCUGCCUCGAGCGCUGGGAGCACACAGAAUACAGCCAGCAGUACUCCUACAUCCUGCUAGUUCUACAAUUCGGUUUGCCUCUCUCCGCCCUGGUGGUGACGUACGCUCGGAUCGCGCACGUGGUGUGGGGACCGCCACCUGGCGAGGCGCAGUCCGCUAGAGACUCCAGACUGCAAAUGGCUAAGAGAAAGAUGAUCAAGAUGAUGGUGACUGUAGUAGCGGUGUUUACAGUAUGCUGGCUACCUCUCAACAUUUUCAUUUUAUUGUAUAAUGACGUAGACUGGGCGAUGUGGCCUGGCAUGCCAUAUGUGUGGUUCGCGAGCCACUGGCUGGCGAUGUCGCACUGCUGUUACAAUCCCAUCAUCUACUGCUACAUGAACUCGCGCUACCGAAGGGGUUUCCAGCAGGCUCUGAGCUGCAUACUCCGUUCGCGCACAGAUCAGCCGCCUUGCCCCAGCGAUGAUGUUCCUUUGUCAGAUCUCAUGGUGAUGAACGGCAUGACGCGUCGCGGCACGUCGAGCACGAGCGUCAGCCGGCGUGUGACGACAUCAUCGCUGACAUCAGUUCGACGGACGAACGGCGCGCCCGUACGCGCUCUGUCCGUGCGGUCGCAUUUCCAUUAGCAACUAUGGACGUUAGUAACUAUUAAAUAGAGUUCAAAAUUGCUUGUAAACCUUGUUGCUAAUUGGUGACAGUGUUCAUGUUACAAGUAUCUUUAAGUUGUCUAUGUUUACUAUGUAUUGUAGUGAGUGAUUGACGAUUUAUCCUUCUCUUCACCAAUUAAAAGAUGCAAAUGUCGCUUUGUAAAGCUUAAUCUAGAAAGCAGAAGGGUUUAAUACUUGUCACUGCAUAGGAAUAAGGUUUUAUAAAGUUUACAAAAUGUUAUAUGUAAGUAUGAAAUUUUUGUUCUCUGUCGGCUUAAAUUUAUGUCUAGUCGCUUACAGAUCAUUAUGUAUUGAAUAUCCCUAGAACAAUUAAAAAUAUCAUCUUGUAAAUAUAAUAAGUAUAAAAUUAUUUAAUAUUUAUUAAAUCAUAAUUUUCAAUGUUGAAAUAAGUAACUACUUAAAUGUAGGGUUAACGCAAAUUGAAUCAACUCUUUUAAUUUUUUUUAAUGUUAGAUAUAUAAAUUGAUAUAUAGGAUGGUGUAAAUGAAAUAAUGAUUUUAAAUCAAACCAAAUUUUUACGAAUUACUUAUAUAUGUUAUUUAUUAAGAGAUGUACCAAAGAAAGCUUAAUUUGUAAUUAAAAUUGUGUCCACAAUUAUUUAUCAAAUAAAAAACUUGAAGCAUAA